UGGGUACGCGAAAGGGCAGCCGAAAAAUUUAGCGGAAUUUUUUACGAUCCAGCGAUUGGUCGAAAUGUUCUCUUCGAAGAAGCACGACGGAUAAAGGGCAAAUCGGAGCUGCCGAAACGAGUGAAGAAAAUGUUCAACAUGGAAUAA